CAUCGAUCUUAGUUCAUUAUCUGCUCUACGGCAGCUAUUCCUUGUAUACAUACACAAAGCAUUAUGUUUUAGAGACAGCAUCAAGCUACACAAGAUAAGUCUUUGACUAAGCUUAUCUCUUGAUUCCUUUGCAGCCAAUCGAAAUCUCCGAUGCGGACAAAUCCAUGGUCCAGAUUGGCUGUUUUCCCAGGCAAAUUUCAAGCUCGCUGUAACACCACACAAUCAUGUUGCUCUGGCAUUCUAACUGACGUUGGAAGGCCCUUGCGAUCGAGCCACUGAUAUACCCUACAGCAAUCAACCCCCGUUGUCCAUUGCCAUAUCUCAACAACUCGUCAUGGGGAUACUAUUGCCCUAAACAGUUGCAAAUUGGGACUACUCCGUUGGGGUCGCAAAUUUGGUCCUUGUCUUUUGCCUCUUGCCUUUUCGCUAUAAUCAGGACUUUUCUUGGAUUUCUAGCUUGCUUCGGGCGUGGCUCUCUAUCCUGAAAAGUCUCCUUGCGCUACUUUGCCGAGGAACUUCACCUGCACAAUGUCCGUUGCAAAUGCAGGCAUGGCUGUAGCGGCCACGGGCCCUCUCGCAGAAGACGCGAUCCGUGAUCCUGAACUGGCUGGGCCUGGAGAGUCCGAGGAAGAGCGUCCUAUCGCGCCCGAUCAAUUCGACCCCAGAUACGAAACAUCGAAAUGGGAGCGAUGGGUCUAUUACUGUUACUACAUUGGAAACAAUGGGUUGACCCUCUUCAAUUUUGCACCAACCUUAUUCCAGGACCUUCUUUACGAAGCUGCAGGCGAUUCAGGCAGAUUACAAUUUCUGGGCGCCUAUCGAACGAUCAAUUCGAUUGUAUUACUUGCAAACGGCAUUUCUUUUGCGAUCCAAGUCGUCUUGUUUCUGCUUCUGGGAAGUAUGGCGGAUUAUGGACGAUGGCGACCAUGGAUUUUGAUUUUCUGGUCAAUCGUCGCCUUCUCGCUGGGCUUUGGCUGGCUCGGAGUGCAUACUGAAGAAAAGUGGCCAAUUGCAACUGGACUCUACAUGGUCGGACUGAUUGCAUAUCAAAUGUGUAUAACCUUCUGGACCGCUGCUUUUCCCGGUCUCGCUCGGAACCAGCCCGUGAUGCGAAAGAAGGCCGAGCAGUUUGAAAACGGCGAAAUCACUCGAGAUGACUACGACUUUGCAGAUAUGAUGGAACGCAACAAAGUUUAUAACGUCGCCUUCAUCAUGCAGAGUGCCGGCGAACUUGUCAUUUUGGCCAUCCUUGUGGGCAUUCUCUUCGCCUUGGACGUGAAUGCUAGUGUCGAGAAGAAUUUGUGGGGUCUUUCCGUCUUGAUCGCAUAUGCCACCGGCGUCUGGAUCUGCCUUGCUAUUCCCUGGUUCAUCCUCGAGAAAAAGCGCCCCGGGCAGCAGCUUCCACCAGGUAUGAACGUGAUAAGUGUGGGAUUUUGGAACAUUUGGCGAGCAAUGGUUCAGAUCUGGGAGUUGAAGCAGAGUCUGAUAUAUCUCAUUGGCUAUUUCUUGCUCGGCGACAGCCUCAACACAACAGUGACGGUUAUCGCCACGCUCCAAAAUUCCGUGGUUAGCUACAACACCUUGACUCUAACCUACAUUCUGAUGGUCGGCAUCGCAACCCAGCUCGUCGGGAUCUGGGGCUACUGGAGAAUUCAGAAACGAUACGGUCUCAGCACGAAAACCAUGUUCGAUUUUGUCAUGAUCGGCAUUCUAUUGCUGGAUCUUUGGGGAAUGAUUGGUAUCUGGACCCACAAAAUAGGUUAUCAUCACGAGUGGGAGUUCUGGCUGUACUCGGCAGUAUAUGGUCUGGUGGUGUAUGUUAUGGACAUGUCGAUGGGUUGUGUUAAGAUUGCUAAUUCCUUUAAGGUGCCAAUGGUAUGCCUACAGUCAGACGAUGAUCAGUGAAGUGACUCCACGAGGCAAAGAAUUCUUGUUCUUCAGCUUGUACUCUAUCAUGGGCAAGACAUCCGCAUUCAUCGGCCCGAUUGUCAGUAGCGCCAUCAUCGAUGCCAGUCCCACGGGAAACAACAGUCUACCAUUCUAUUUCCUGUUCGGACUGAGCUUGCUGAGUUUCUUACUCCUGUUCUUCUUUGUGGAUCUCAAGAAGAGCAGGAAGGAGCAGGAAGUAUUCUUGGCAAAAGAAAAGGCUGCAAAGGAGCGACGGGCGAGCGUUGUGCUUUUCAAUCAGGGACGAUCUGUCGAGAAUGUACCUGGUGGUAAGGAAGUGCCAAAGGAUAAGAAGAUGGACGUGUCCGAUGAAGGCCUCCGUAUGGGCAGUUCGACGAGCCUGGAGAGGGAACAGGCCAAAUCGUGAUGAAAUUCGGUUCACUCGUGUCUGGAAAGAGGGAUGCUGCGCGGGAUAACCCGGGUUCGACAUGCGAUCACCAAGCAGGCUUCCUUAGGGAAUGACAACAAUGAGGUGAAUGAGAUGGACUACAUUCUUCCGGCAUCGGCGGCAGGUCAGAAACCGUACACAUACAGUACCUGAAGCCUCGGGGGUGGAGACUUAUCUCCACUUGGAUCCUAGCGCGACGCGAUUUAUGAAAAUCGCUCAGCCUUGCUCGAUGAAUGCAAUGUAAGGAGGAACAGAUGCCAUGAUCUUAAUCAUAUCGUACCUCGGUCGUUGCGCGACUUAGCAAUGACCAGCCAUGAGCGCAACUCCCUCAUUUGGUAGGUGGAUUGACAGUGGAUAGGAGGGGUUCCGGGUGCUCUACUUGACUUCGUCGACCUUGGUCGGAGUUCUCGCCGGGACCUGGGAACGUGUAGCAGGUUUCCUUCCAAUAAUGUUCGUCCUCGAUGCAUGUUUUGAAUCUGGGGAAAUUCAUCGCACUGGUUUGCGAGGUCUCUUUACAGGUGUGGGAGGUAUUCUGUCCGCGGGAACUACAGUAGACGUCCGCUAUUACGAAUGUUGAUUGCUAUGUCAUCGAGAA